AUGGCAAGAUGCCCCACUCUGUCCUCUAGCCACAACCAAGACCACAGUGGACAGUGGACAGCAGCGUGGACCUUCCUGUGUAAGAUGCCAAUCAUCCUGUGGCUGCUGCUGUCGGACACCUCCCUGCCUACUGUGAGGGGCCAGACCACAGUUCCUCUGGAAACAGUGAAGCUGUGGGCCGAUACCUUCGGCAGGAAUCUGUACAACACGGUGACCAGAUAUUCAGGCUCCCUCCUGCUGCAGAAGAAGUACAAGGAUGCAGAACCCAGUCUGAAGAUCAAAGAGGUGGAUGGCUUGGAGCUGGUGAAGAAGUUCUCAGAGGACAUGGAGACCAUGCUUCGGAGGAAAGUCGAGGCUGUUGAGAGCCUGGUGGAGGCCGCUGAGGAGGCUGACCUGAAUCAUGAGUUCAAUGCAUCUCUGGUGUUUAACUACUACAACUCGGUACUAAUCAAUGAGAAGGAUGACAAGGGCAACUAUGUGGAGCUGGGAGCUGAGUUUCUUCUCGAGUCCGACGCGCACUUCAGCAACCUGAGGGUGAAUGUCUCCAUGAGCAGCGUUCAACUGCCCACCAACGUGUACAACAAAGACCCAGACAUUUUAAAUGGCGUCUAUAUGUCCGAAGCCCUGAACCCCGUGUUUGUGGAGAACUUUCAGAGAGACCCUACAUUGACAUGGCAGUAUUUUGGCAGCUCAACUGGGUUCUUCAGGAUCUAUCCAGGAAUAAAGUGGAUGCCUGAUGAAAACGGAGUCAUCACCUUCGACUGCAGAAACCGUGGCUGGUACAUACAAGCUGCCACGUCUCCCAAAGACAUCGUAAUUCUGGUGGACAUGAGCGGCAGCAUGAAGGGGCUGAGGAUGGCUAUCGCCAAGCACACCAUUACCACCAUAUUGGACACCCUGGGAGAGAACGACUUUGUGAACAUCAUCGCGUACAAUGACUACGUCCACUACAUUGAGCCCUGCUUCAAAGGCAUCCUUGUCCAAGCAGAUCGAGACAACCGAGAGCAUUUCAAGCAGUUGGUGGAUGAGCUGAUGGUCAAAGGUGUGGGUGUCGUGAGUCAAGCCCUAAUUGAAGCUUUCGAGAUCCUGAAACAGUUCCAAGAGUCCAAACAAGGAAGUCUCUGCAACCAGGCCAUCAUGCUUAUCACCGAUGGGGCUGUGGAAGACUAUGAGCCCGUGUUUGAGACCUAUAACUGGCCAGACCGAAAGGUCCGAGUUUUCACUUACCUUAUUGGAAGAGAAGUGACUUUCGCUGACCGCAUGAAGUGGAUCGCCUGCAACAAUAAAGGCUACUACACACAGAUCUCCACACUGGCGGAUGCACAGGAGAGCGUGAUGGAGUACCUGCAUGUGCUUAGCCGCCCCAUGGUCAUCAACCAUGACCACGACAUCAUCUGGACAGAGGCUUACAUGGACAGCCGGCUCUUCACCUCAGAGGCACAGAGCCUGAUGCUCCUCACCACAGUGGCCAUGCCUGUCUUCAGCAAAAAGAAUGAAACAAGAUCCCAUGGCAUUCUCCUGGGUGUGGUGGGCUCUGACGUGACCCUAAGAGAGCUCAUGAAGCUAGCACCCCGAUAUAAGCUUGGGGUGCANGGNUAUGCCUUCUUGAACACUAACAAUGGCUACAUCCUCUCUCAUCCUGACCUCCGACCUUUGUACAGAGAAGGCAAGAAGCUGAGACCCAAACCCAACUACAACAGUGUGGACCUCUCAGAAGUGGAGUGGGAGGACCAAGCUGAAAUCCUGAGGACCGCCAUGAUCAAUGGGGAAACCGGGUCUCACUCCAUGGACGUGAAGGUGCCACUGGACAAAGGGGGUAUUGAUCUCCACCAGGACUGCUGUGGGUCCUACUGCCCCAUCAGGCACACUGGGAAUAUCAGCCUGCANGACUUGCUUCAUCCGGAUCUGACCCUGGCCAGUGACUGGAUCUACUGUAUCACAGAUAUCGACCCGGACCACCGGAAACUCAGCCAACUGGAAGCUGUGGUUCGUUUCCUGACAGGGGUGGAUCCAGACCUGGAGUACCAUUCUCAUCUCCCCAGUCCUCUGACCAACUGUGCUGACCCAAGCCUGGUGCUGUGUCUGGNUAUGGAUAGUGCCAGUGAAGACCACAUUGCCACAUACCCUCCGGCUGUGGCAAUGCUACNACCNUACGCCCUUAAAGAGUCAGAACCUGGCGUGGACGUAGCCUUCCUGGGAACCCGGGCUGGCCUUCUAAGGAGAAGCUUGUUCGUAGGCUCCGAGAAAGUCUCCGACAGAUCUGCCAGGGAGCCAGACAAAAGAAAUCACCUAGACCCAAAGGAAGUGUACUUUGUUGCCAAUACAGUCUGCAUGCUCCGGCUGGAUAGCCCAGGCAAGCCAGUGGCUGUAAGGGCCAGCACAGCAGUAACUGUGACCGUGGAUGGGAAGACGGCCAUUGCAGCAGACAGACAGCUCUCAUGCCACAGACGAGAUCUGCUUCUGAUCUUCAUGCUCACCCUCGGGGUCCCCCAUCAGCGGCUGGCGCUUCUUGAGCUCACGGUGGUACUUGGCCAUGAGAGACGCGUAGAUGCAGCCGUAAGCAGCGGCCACCACCAUCAUGAUGCAGACAAUGCCACACACGACCCCGGCGAUGAUCACUGUGCCAAUGGCUCGCCGCACACUCACAGGCCGGUUGCAGUCACACUCCCACGGGUUGUCCCCNACCUGAAGCAGCUGCAGGCUUGCCAGGGGCUCGAACGUCAGCCGGUCCAGGCUCUGCAGACGAUUGGAGCGGAGGGACAAGGAGCGNAGAGCCAGGAGCCCAUCAAAAAGCCCCGGGGGCAGCUGGGCCAAGCCGUUGAUAGACAAAUCCAGAUGUCGAAGAUGGAAGAAAUCCAGCAAACCUCUCCGGGCUGGGACCUGGGGGAUGUGUUGAGGCAGUUGGGGAGUGAAGGAUUGGCGCAGCAGACAGAUGCAGCCACACAACAGUGCAACGCUGUAGAGGGGCCGUGGCUGAAGAGCUGCGAGGACACUGAUCUCGACUGCUUCGUCAUAGACAACAAUGGCUUUGUCCUGAUCUCAGAGAGACCCCACGAGAUGGGAAGACUUCUGGGGGAAGCGGAUGGUGCUCUNAUGAAGCAACUUCUCAGCAUGGGGGUGUUCAGCCGUGUGACCAUGUAUGACUACCAGGCCAUGUGCAAGCCCCCAGAUCAUCACCACAGUGCGGCCGAAUCCCUGUUCAGUCCUCUCUCUGCCUUCUUGAUGGUGGCCAGGUGGCUACUGCACGAAUGUCUCCUGUUCCUGUUAGAGUGGAGUGCCUGGGGAUCUUGGCAGGACAAAGGGUCAGAGGCCAAAUCUGUCUUCCAUCAAUCCCACAAGCACAAGAAGCAGGACCUGCUGCACCCCUGUGACACAGAGUACCCAGUGUUCGUGCAUCAGACGGCCAUCCAGGAAGCCAACAGCAUCAUCGAGUGUGGGGGCUGCCAGAAGUAA